AUGUCUCUGAUUCUGCUGGCGUUGCUAUGUGCAGUGAGAUUCAACACAAUCACUUGCUGCCAUGCGAGGGACCGACAUUCACUUUUAAGCUUCAAACAAGGCGUUGUUGAUCCCUCCAACCGCCUCUCUUCUUGGUCCACUCUCCCAGAUUGCUGCCAAUGGCAUGGAGUUGGGUGUGAUCGCAACAACAGAGUCAUUGGCCUUUCUCUGUGGGAUGACGGAGACUAUUAUUUUGAUCCAAUAAGCAACAAUCAUUCAGAAUUACUGAGAGGUGAAAUCAACUUAUCUUCUUUACUUGCUAUUGAAUCCCUCGAAUGGUUGGAUUUGGACGGCAAUGACUUUGAACGCAUAAGCAUGGCGCCUAUCAAUAAUUCUGUUGCAACUCAUACUCAUUUGCUACCCAAUUCUUCUAAGCUUUCUUAUGUGAGUUUAUCAGACAAUAUUCAUCUCCACGCUGAUAAUCUUCAUUAUUGGCUCUCUCGGCUUCCGUCCCUGACAUCUCUCGACCUCAGUGGCAUUCAUCUUCCUAGUGAAACCAAUUGGGUUCAAUCAUUGGCCUCGCUACCGCUGGAGAAUUUAAGUUUGCGUGAUUGUAAUUUGACCACCUCUAUUCUGUCUUUCCAGCCUGCCAAUUUUACCUCACUUUCAUAUCUUGAUCUUAGUCUGAAUGAUUUAACAUUUGGAUUACCUAAUUGGUUAUUCAAUCUUAGCAAAGAUCAUCUCCAAAGUUUUUAUCUCAGUCAAUGCAAUUUGAGAGGUCAAAUUCCAGAUCUUUCAGGCUAUCGAAAUCUGAAGUCGUUAGAUCUAUCCAACAACAAACUCAAAGGGUCAAUACCUGAGUGGCUUGGCCAGCUUGAUAGCCUAACUAUCCUUGAUCUAUCUAAUAACUCGUUUCACAGUUCCAUUCCUUCUAAUCUCCUAAACACAUCAGCUUCGUUAGAAUAUUUAGAUAUUAGCUUCAACAACUUGAGUGGUCCGCUCCCAAAAAUUCUUGGCCAAAAUAACUCUUACAACUCAUUUGGACGGGAUUGUUGGAACAAUUGGAGAGCUUUGGGUUACAUAUACUUGGGGAAUAAUCAGUUGACUGGUCGAGUUCCACCAAUGAUGGGUUCAUCAUUACCUUACCUAAGGGCACUAGAUCUACAUAAUAAUGGCUUUUCUGGUGAGAUACCUUCGACUUUCAAUAAUUGCACAUUUUUGGCGCUUCUCAAUUUAGAAGGAAACAACUUCUCUGGAGGAUCAAUCCCUCACUGUCUACACAACGCUUUCCUUUUGGCUCCCCUUGAAAAUGAUGUUGACUUCUCUUCAAGUCUUGGUCUUUCGCUAACCUAUACCAUGCCAACUGCAAAAAAAUUCAUGAAAAUUGAUUUGCACACAAAGGGUCAACAAUUGGAGUAUCAGAAAAAUCUGAAUUUGGUGAGAAGUAUUGAUCUAGCAGCUAACAAGCUAUCAGGAGAAGUUCCUGUACAGCUGUUCAAGCUCACCAAGUUACAAUCAUUGAACUUGUCUUACAAUUAUUUGAUAGGAGAGAUACCAGAGCAUAUUGGAGAGAUGAAAGAUCUAGAAUCUCUUGAUUUGUCCCACAACCAUCUUCGUGGGAAUAUUCCUCAGAGCAUGUCCGGUCUAUCUUUUCUCAGUGUUUUGAAUCUGUCAUACAACCAUUUCAACGGCCAAAUACCACUGGGCACUCAGCUUCAGGGUUUUGACGCAUGGAGUUACGCCGAAAAUCCUGAACUUUGUGGGCCUCCUCUUCAAAAGAACUGCACAAUACCAGAUAAUACAGAGGAAGUUGAAGAAAAUGAGGAUGAUGGUUUUUUGAAGUCAUUGUAUCUUGGAAUGGGAGUUGGCUUUGCUGUGGGAUUCUGGGUAGUUUGUGGUUCACUGUUCCUGAACAGAGCAUGGAGGCACUCUUAUUUUCGAUUUUUUAAUGGUGCGGUUGAUCGAAUCUAUGUUAUUGUAGUCAUAAAGCUUCAAAGAUUCCGCUGA